GUUACGUCGCUUCGACACACAGUGUCUAAUUAAAUUACAUCCAUUGUAUGCUCAUACGCAUCUCUGGCUUCAGACGUUUUAUAAGAUGACUAUUAUAAAAUAAUCGAAAGUGUUAAGUUAUCAUCUAAAUUAGUUAUAAUACAAUAGUUGUGUGUUAGUUUCACUAAGUGGUAUUGAGUGAUUUUACUAAGACAGGCACUACAUUAACAAAAUCUCUCAACAUAAGUGUCACAUUCAAUUGAACUGUGUUUUGACUGCGGGAAAUAAAGAAGUCAAAGCGAGUUUUGAAGCUAGGACUCCUGGACAUGCGAAUUUUAUUGAACACACAAAGAAAACAGAACUGAAAGAAGAUGAUACUGAAAUACCUAAUCUGCAUAUUCGCUACUACCACAGCAGUCCUGACUUCCACCAAGGACGUCCGCAUCCUCUUCCCUGAAGAUAAGCAGUAUGUCUAUGAGAUCACAGCGGCUAUGUCUUCGGGCACCAUCACUCCAAGGGAAGCCUUCACCAGCUGGACUCUGGAGGGGAGACUGCACGUCCAGGUGCUGGGUAAUGACAGUCAAGUGAGGUUCCAGCUGACAGACCUGAAGACUUCAGUGAACAGCAAGAGCGAUGGCUACAUUUCCUACAAAUUUGAAGAAGAAGCCAGACAUCUCAAACUGCCCUGGAUAGUUGACUAUUACAAGGAAUUUUGCCUCGUAGAGUCCAUUUACUUGCCUGAGGAACCAUCAUGGGUGUCCAACAUGAAAAGGGCGUUGACACUAAACUUCCAACUGAAAAGAGGGGAUGGAUAUUACACCAGCUAUGAGCUCUGCGUUCACGACUACAGCUGUUUCACAACGUACCUCUCCAACGGAAACAUCGUGAAGAAAUACAACUCAUUACCCUCGUCCCCCAAGUUGGGUAGCAGCUGGAAGAGUGUACCCUGGACAGAUCCCGUGUACAAGCAUAACCAGUACUUGUGGAAUGCAUUGCCAGACACCACAACAAUGACAGCAGAGAGGACCUACAAGCUAGACAACAGGAGCGGUCUCAUCAGUUUGAAGAUGAGAGGCAACGUGACUUACAGAACGGAGGAUCUGACACUGUUUGUGAACACAGAGCUAGACAUUCAAUAUGAAGAGGAGUUGCAACCAGCCAGGUUGGAGUGGCCCAAACUGAUCAGGUCUGGAGCCAAGCACUCGAGAGAGGAGUGCCGUGACCCUUCGUGUGGCAUCAGGGAGACUAGUCAAGCGUAUUUGAAGAACAAGUUCUACGACAUUCUGCUAAAAAUAUCAAAGAAGGGCAUAGACGCUGACAGUGUCGUCAAGGAUCCGACGAUGAUACACAGCCUUGAUUUCAUUAACCUUAUCAAUACUAUGUCUCAACUUAACUACACUACGCUGAGGGUGUUAUUCGAAGACCUGGUACUUGGCACCAGUUACGAACUGGAAACUUCUAGAAACAUCUUCUUGGAAGUUCUGCCGUUCGCUGGGACUGACGCUACAGUUAGAUUCGUCAAAUAUUUGGUGCUAGAAGAGAAGGAAAAAGUUGAGGAUUCAGCCCUCUUGGCACUAAUCAGGAAGUUACCCUUCAAUACGGCCAAUUAUAGUCAAGACUUGCUGCAGGAGUUGGAGCCGUUCACAAAAUUAGGUCUAGACUUUCCCCAAGAGAUCAGACACGCCGCCAUCUUGAGUUUCGGGACUAUGUUGUACCAGGCGAAGAGAACAGAAAGAGUCGGCGCCGAUUAUUUUGACAACAUGGUGGUGAAGUACUUGAGGAUGUACAGCGAUUGUCCACACUACAUGGAUCGUUUGGUCUGGCUCCAAGGGCUAUGCAACAUAGGAUAUUCUACACAGAAGUACACCAUGGAAAUUUACACGGACACGAGUAAGAAGAGAAACGAGCGUUUAUGGGCUGCCUUCGCGUCUAAUUACAUCGACAAUCAGUACUACACUGACGAACCUUUGAAGGCGAUCGAGCUGCUUCUACCAGUACUCACUAACGAGACGGAAGAUGGCCAGAUAAGGAUGGCUGCUCUACACACAUUCUUGACAGCGACCACCAUCACCCAAAACGACUUUAUCUUCGUCCAUAAUUACGUCAAGAACUCAGGGAACAAAGCCUUGAAGAGGUUCUGGUACACAGCCAUUAAGAGUCUUGAAGAGAACAGGAACUUUGAUGGUUAUAAGCUUGCUUCGGUGUUCCUACCUUCUGUAUCGGACAUGGUCUUUGACCUGGACCCUGACUACUGGGCUACCAACAACGUGAUCUUCAGCUCUGAAGAUGACCAGUCUACUUCCAUGCAUUUCCUCAGUAUGGCCGAUGAUACUGGUCUGCCGUCUUUCGCUGGGGUCAGACUUUCUACGGCGGGGAAGAGAGCUUCGGUAUACGUUGUAGCGGAGGGGGUGGCCUCAAAUAUGUACAAAAGGAUGCACGCAUUCAAUGAAGCUGAAAUGGACGUGGAGAAGUUGAUCCAGGUCCUGAAGAACUUGAAGGUUUGGGCUGCGAAAACCACUGAGGAGGUACAUGUAGAUUUCGUAUUCAAAAUACAUGAGAAGGCUGUGUUUGUCGCGCAUAUGAACCAGACUAGAUUCAACAGCUGGAAUCUAGUUGAAUUGGCGAAAUCAGUAAAUGAAUUCUUAAGAUUGGGCAGUCACAUCAACCAGCAGAUUGUGUACUACCCAUCGCAAAUGGAGCUUAUAUUCCCAAAUGAAUUGGGAAUCCCAGUGAGAUUGCAAACUACCUCCGUGUCAUUCACAUCAAUAAGAGGAAACCUCACCACACCAGCCACAGAUAUCCAUAUAAGGUAUCAAGGCAUGUCGCUCAUAUCUCUGUCCACAUUUGGCCCACUGGUCCAGUCGGAGCACGCGGCCCGAAUUCAAAAGUCGAUGGUGGCCCAUCUACCAAUAAAGUUCAACAUAUCGCACACGCCCGUGGGAGUGUUUAACUUCAAAACUGACUUCAUGUUGCCAAUUCCAAAUGGCGGAGUAGUCAUACACACUCGCACGCAAGUCGAGAAGAACACCAAGAACAGUGUGGACCUCCACACUGUGAGGAGUAAGGAGAACGCACGGACUCACAACCGCAGCAUAUUCUCCGAUUGCGAGAACUCCACGUUUAAUAUGAAGCUGGAACAUCUAUUCACGAGAAAUAUUUACAGCAUGCUCAAAUACCUCCAACCAAGCAGACUCAUGCUGCGAGCCAUACCAUUGGUUGUUUCUCCACCUGCCAGUUCUUGCGGGAUAAUUCACUUGCACAACGCCGCCAUCUUGGAUGUCAACAGGGGAAUCAAAGCCACACUCCUCAUAGAAAACCUGGCCUCCAUCGUAGACUUUUUCUCCGGAGACAAGAAUUUGCUGAAGACUUCUCUACUGCUGAAGGAUUUCAGACAAGACACAGAAUCUUCUGGUGAAAUACUGAACUUUGAAAUUGACUUCGAAAUCAAAAACGAAGACAAACAUAUCAUUACUAGAGUCGAAUUCAACUCCACUGAUUCUAUUAAAACUUUCAUUGAGAACAACGACUACUUGUACGUAGGCGACAGACACACAGCCUUAGAUACCAAACACAAGAGCCAUAUAACCGCAGGAUACUACACGACUGAGGACAAUAACGUCACUACAUCUUUAAGCAUCUACAUUGACACAGCUCAAGACGCCACUGGAGAAAAACGGAUAGACGUCAGAUUCUCGCACGAUAUCAAUUCUUUGUUCUAUCCGUUUACUUAUCUCAUCUUACCGUUCUGCGCCAAGCAUGAUCAGGCGAGUCGUAUGAAGGAUAUGCAGCUGCCACAAGACAUAUGGGUGCCACUGUAUCUCGCUUGCAUUUCGGAAUCUUUCAAGAUGCCAUUCGUAAACCUUGCUGUGAGCAACACUCAAAUCUCAGCGGUUUUGAAGGAUGGCCUGACUUCCGUAAAGGUGACCAAUAGUCCAGACAUGAGGCUGAAGUCACCAGAAAUUGUCUGGUGGGUAGACAAUUGGAUAACCUUGAAGAAAAUGACUACUUUCGGGUUGUACAAGGAAUGCAGAUUCCAAGGCUCCACAGUGCAGAAGUUGGACGGCUCAGUUCACAGUUUCCAGACAGAUAGAGAGGAGAUGGUAGCUCUUGCCGACUGCACUGGUUUACCAAGGUUCGCAGUAUUAAGACAGAAAUCUGGAGAUGUAAAAGUUUAUGCUGGUGGGAAAUCUGUGUCCACCAAACUGCAAGGGAACGGAAGUUGGGACAUCAAAGGCGAUGAUACGAUGAAAUAUUUCAGGAUCACAACGCUCUUUGACGGUGUGAAGAUUCAAUCUAAAGGUUCCGGAAUACAAGUUUACAACCGGAUUAAUGAAACAGUUAUCCUUGUACCAAACUCUCAUCUCCAUUCGAUUUGUGGAGAAUGCACUCAUGUUUUAAACGACAAGGAGAAAUUGAAUUGAGCUUUUGGAGAAACUGUUUAUUUCAUACAACAAUAAUGUAAAGAUUUUGUUUUGAAAUAAAAUUAUCUGUUUAAUAAUUUGUUUAAUUCAUCAUCGUUAUCAGCCUAUU